AUGGAGACCUCCACCCGGAGGGGCUUCCAGCCGCACGCGGGGCUGCAGCAGACCCUGCAGCAGUUCCACCUCAGCUCCAUGAGCUCCCUGGGCGGUCCCGCGGCCUUCAGCGCGCGCUGGCAGCACGAGCUGCUCUUCAAGAAGGAGGGCAAGGAGCACGAGCCUCUUCCUCCUCUUCCUCCUCUUCCUCCUCAUCCUCCUCAUCCUCACCACCACCCACAUCCACAUCUGCUCCACCUGCCCCUGCUCGUGCCCUCGGACCGCUCCACGGAGCGCGGGGAGACGCUCCUGCACGGGGAGGGCAUCUCGUGCUUCGUGGUGGGGGGGGAGAAGCGGCUGUGCCUGCCGCAGAUCCUGAACACGGUGCUGCGCGCGUUCACGCUGCAGCAGAUCAACGCCGUGUGCGACCGGCUGCACGUGUACUGCUCGCGCUGCACCGCGGAGCAGCUGGACAUCCUCAAGCUGCUGGGCGUGCUGCCCUUCGCCGCGCCCUCCUGCGGGCUCAUCACCAAGACGGACGCGGAGAGGCUCUGCAGCGCGCUCAUCCAGGGGGGAGCCUACCCACCGGCUUCACUUCCGGGUUUACCGGGACCACCGGGAUUAGGACUAGGACCGGGACAGAGUCCACAUGCCAAGCCGGGUGCAUGUUCCUCUUCCCCGGCCGGAGGUCUGGGUCCAACCCCAGGAUUCCCCGGUGGUGGCGGUUCCUCCCUGGAACUUCAAACCACGGAGCGUUUCUCCAGAGAGUUGAUCCAAGGUUUCCCUGGCCUGGAGAUCCAGAACACGGAACGGUACCCACCUCCACCUCCACCGGGACCGGGACAAACUCCACUAACCAAGCCGGGUCCCUGCUCCCCAUCCCCGGCCAGAUGUCUGGGUCCAGCCCCCCCUACUUUCCCCGGUAGUGGUGGUUCUUCCCUGGGGGGUCCGGUUCCAGCCUCAGCCCCCGGCUUCCCCGGCCCAACCAAGCCGGGUCCCCGCUCCUCAUCCCCGGCCAAAGGUCCAUCCCACGCCCCCCCCUCCUCCUUCCCCGGAGGUAAUGGUUCCGGUUCCUCCCUGGGGCUCCAGAUCCAGAGCACGGAGCUCAGUCUGCGGGUCUACCACGAGUGCUUCGGCCGGUGCCGCGGCGUGCUCGUGCCCGAGCUGUACGCGCGCCCGGGGUCCGCGUGCGUGCAGUGCGCGGACUGCCGCCUCAUGUUCCCCCCAAAUAAGUUCGUGGUGCACGGGCACCGGAGGCAGGAGAACCGCACGUGCCACUGGGGCUUCGACUCGGACAACUGGCGCGCGUACGUGCUCCUGGCCCCGGAUUACGACGGGAAGGAGGAACGCGCACGCGCAGAGCGGCUAUUGGACGAGGUCAAAGAGAAGUUCGACUACAACAACAAGUACAAAAGGAAAGCAACGUCCCGGGUGAGUGUUGUUGUUGUUGUUGUUGUGGUGGUCCUCUGUUUGCACCCCUAA